AGGACACCUCUGAUACAGCUGACCACGCUUCAGUCAGCAGCAAGAACUACUGUAAUGACUUAUGUGGCAAAGAAGUGUGGCAUCAGCUUUCAGCCUCCAUCCAUCAUCCUGAUCUACAAAGACGACAGCGAGGAGAAGACUCGCCAGCGCAUCAUGCCUGUCCGAAAUUUCUCCAAGUUCUCAGACUGCAUCUUGGCUGCUGAGCAGCUGAAGAAUAACCCUCGGCACAAGGCUUACCUAGAAGGAGUCUCGCUGCGUCAGCUCCAGAAGCUGUACAGUUUGCUGAAAGGUCAUCUGGGAGGAGAGAGCCUGGCUGAGAGCUUGGAAAAGUUUCGGCAGGAAGAGACCAUUGACCCAGAAGAGGAUCUGAACAAACUAGACGACAAGGAACUAGCCAAAAGGAAGAGCAUCAUGGAUAAGGUCUUCGAAAAGAACAGGAAGAAGAAGGAUGACCCAGAUUUCAUCUAUGACAUUGAGGUUGAGUUUGCACAGGAUGAGCAGCUGGAGUCCUGUGGCUGGGACGUGGAAUCUGGGGAAGAAAUCUGAUUCCAGACAAAGAUG